AUGAAGCAAGCAGUGAAACAGGCCAUUGCAAGUUGCACUGCCUAUGGGGCCCUUGUGCAACAACUUCCGGCGAAGUCACUGGCCGGUGCAGACCUUAACAUACCAUGCAUCAACCUGGCGAGUCUUAUUCAGGGCAUGUAUGCAGCAGGUGGUUAUUUUUACCAAAUGUUGAAUCAUGUGCACGAAGCAUCACCAUCCAGCAUAGGAUCCCCCUGGCGGGGGGUCCUUUAUUCCGAUGAAGUACACCCGGGCAAUCAGUUGUCCUCCCAAGGGCGAAAAGUCUGGGCGGUGUAUUUCUCGUUUCUGGAGCUGUCACCGAAGUUGCUUUCGAACGAGCAUCAUUGGUUUACACUGAUGGUGGUCAGAACCGAACUGGUGCAGAAGGUGUCGGCUGGUAUAGGCCAAUGUUUGAGGUUGCUGCUUGAGUCCAUGUUUGCCAACGAGUUCGGAAAUCCAGAGCAUGGCUUGGCAUUGAAGGGGCCGAGCAAAAGCAUCAGACUAUUCUUUACACUUGCUAUGACACUUCAGGACGGAAGUGCACAGAAACACACAUACUCGAACCGGCAAGAUGCCGGUUCGAGAGUUUGCAUGCUUUGUAAGAACAUCUUUUCCCUACGGUCAAAAAGCUCUGAGGAUGAUGUCAAGAUAUCGGCAAAACAUUUGACAUGGGAUGCAUGCCAUCAAGCUACAGACGAUGAGCUCUUGGAAUCGUGGGAACGAAUGGAAUCAAGACACCGGACAGAGUCCAAAAGCAAGUUCCAACAGUGGCAACAGGCUUGUGGGUGGUCUUUCUCGCCGCAUGCCCUGAUGAUGAGCACUGUUCUACGAAGUCUGAAUGUAUUGCGGCCGGCUUCGCAAUAUUGCUUUGAUUGGAUGCAUUCUUUAUGCAGCAUGGGAGUCCUCAACUGCAUAAUCCUGUGGGUGCUGGAAGCCACUGGAAAAGCUGCUACCUUUCAUGACUACUUGCAACUCUGGCAAUGGCCGAAAGCCCAGAAAGCAGCGGCACUGCACAAGCUGUUCAGCCAGGAGAAGAUGAAGGCACACAGGAAGGCAAAUUACAUCAAAUGCUCAGCCUCUGAGGUUUUAGCAAUUUCAAAGCCUUUAGAAUAUUUUUUGCAUACCUGCUGCCCCAGCCCGGAUGACACUCUUGCAAAGGAAGCUUGCUUGUCUUGGUUGGAAGUCUUGGCCAUCUUGAUAGCUUGUACACUACAACUGCCUCCAGCAGGCCUUUUGUUGCAGACUGUCGAGCGAGCAUUGUCCCUCACCGUCGCCGCCGGGUGGGGAGACCAGAUGGCUCCGAAGUUUCAUUGGUGUUUACAUUUUGAGGCAUGUCUGUCACGAUUUCGAUGCAUGCCAGCAUGCUGGACACUGGAGCGAAAACACAAAUCAGUGCGAAAAUACGGCACAGCUACCAGCAACACCACCAACUUUGAACAAGGGUUAUUGGAGGAGACAAAUGCUGAACAGCUUGCCUUGCUUUCGAGCGACACUCCAUUUCGAGCUGGCCCUCAUCUCCUGCAGCCUCACCCCGUAUCCGCCAAAGUAAUGGCACAACUUCUGCAGAGCAACAUCGUAUCUGAGAGUGAUUCCUGCAACUGCAGCAAAGAGUGCCGGCUAGCUUCUGGUGCUGUCUUGCAUACCGGUGAUGUUGUUUUGCACCAUGCAGCUGCCGACAAUGAAUCACCCAUCCCCUUUUGCUGUGGCCGACUCCAAUGGCUUAUCGAAGUGGACGGCUAUGUUGCAGGUGUUGUGUCCAGAUGCGAGUAUGUUUCCCAUGAUGCAGUGAAGCAAGUGGCCAAGUGGAGGAUUGCAGGUGAAGCCCUAUCCAUCAUGCAGGUCCCCGACUUGUCCGUGCAGCUUGUGCUUUCGGCUGUUCGCAGCUUUCGCCGUGGCAGCGCCCCGGGCCCCACCGGCCUACGCGGCGACCACCUUCGCGAGGCGCUGUGCACCCCUCACGCAGACGAGGUCGCAUCCCACCUUGCCGAUGUAGUCAGACUGCUUGCAUCCGGAAACGGGCCGCCUGAGCUCGCACCCCACCUCGCUGGAGCUAGCCUCUUCGCCGUCCCGAAGGGAGCUGACGACAUCAGGCCCAUAGCUGUUGGCGAAACACUGCGGCGCCUCGUCGGCAAGUGCCUCUGCCAGUCCUACAAGGAUGAGGCCCGCUCCACUUUGACACCUCUCCAAGUCGGGGUCGCCGUGCCCCUGGGCUGCGAGGCCGCUGUCCACACCGUCCGGCAUUGGGCUCAUUGCAACUCCGGCCACACGUGCAAAGUUGUGUUGAAAGUCGAUUUCCGCAACGCUUUCAACACCGUUGACCGGGCCGCUCUCCUGCGCCAGGUCCGGCUACACAUGCCUGGCCUCUCUCCUUGGGCUGAGUGGACAUAUGAACGACACAGCCGCCUCCUGUUUGGCGACGCCUGCCUGUCCUCCGAAGCUGGCGUCCAGCAGGGCGACCCGCUCGGCCCUCUUCUCUUUUCCCUCGCCCUCCAGCCUGCGCUUAAGGCCGCCCGCUCGGGCCCGACCCCGCCAGAGCUUGUGACAGCGUUCCUUGAUGACGUGUGCUUGGCCGGUGACUACCGCCAUGUGGCAGCUGCACUGAACCGCCUCGCUGCUGCAGCCCGCCAGGUUGGGCUCGAGCUCAACCCUGGCAAGUGCGAGGUUGUGACAUGUGCUGGCCCCGACAGCUCUGCCGACAUGCGUGCUUUCCCUGCGGGCGUGCAGACCGGCUCUAGUGGUGCCUUCUCCUUCCUUGGGGCCCCCAUCGGCCCCGCCCACUACUGCAUGACUGAGCGAGUCGAGAAGGCCCGCCCGCUGCUCCGCGAGCUUGCGGCCUUGCCCGACGUCCAGACCGGCCUCCUGCUUCUCCGGCACUGUGCCUCGUUCUGCCGCGUUUCUUACUCCUCACGUGUCACCCCACCCGGAGCACUCCGCACCUCCCUGGCUGCCUUUGACACUGAGGUACGCGCUUGCCUUGAACACAUGUGCACGGGGCCACUCACCACGGAGGCCUGGGAGCAGGCGUCCCUCGCUACGUCCAUUGGUGGCCUUGGCCUCCGACUUGCCAACCUGCCUACGUUGCCUUCCUCGCCCAAACUGUUGCGGUCUGCAUUGGCCUCUACCCUGCCUACGACCUUGCCCACAACCCCGGCCUUCUCGCUGCCAUUGCCACCCACAAUCUUGAGGUCGCCCCGCCCGACCACCUACGCGUUCCUGUGCCGCCACAAACCCGACCAGGCUCUCGACCGCGCGGUGGCCUCACGGCUCCUGACCCCAAGCCCCGGACGUGAAGCUAGCAGAGCUCACUUCCGCCUCCUCGAACUGCCUGGUGCCGGUGCCUGGCUACACGCCCCGCCCAGCAAGGCUCUUGGCCUCCACGUCGAGCCGCGCUUGUUCCGCACAAUGGUCCAGCUCCGCCUGCCCGUCGCGCCGACCGACUCGAGCCAAGCCACUGGACUCGGAGUCGAAGUUGAAAAAGCGGACCUCCUCCCCUUACGCCCUGACGACGACGGGGCUGACGGAGGCCGCGGCACUGGUCUCCGCAGACCUGCAGAUGUCUGGGUCGCUCAGUGGGGCCUGCAAGGGCCUGCUGCCUUUGACCUCGCUGUCACGUCAGGCAUCAGGGCCGGCCCGAUGCUAGCUGAGUCUGCCCGGUCCAGCCAAGCAGCCGUCGAGACCUACGAAGCCCGGAAGCGGAACCACCUGCACACGGACCAACUCUGCCGCUCCGAGGGACUUCAGUUCCUGCCUCUCGUCGCUGAGGCUUGCAGUGGGGGGUGGGGCCCGACUGCCGUCUCCACGUGGCGAACGCUCGGUGGUCUCAUCGCAGCUCGCUCUGGGGACACCCCUGCUGCAGAGACAGAUCGCCUCCUGCAAAGCCUCGCCAUCACUCUCCAAAGGGAAAACGCACGUGCGGUCGUCCGCCGCCUGCCUCAGGGUGGGGAGGAGGCCUCCCCCUUUGCCGCACCCUGA